GAAGUCUUCAGAGAGGAAGAGGAACAUCAGAUCCAGAGCACUUGCUGCUGUCAUUCAGUGUCUUUCUUUGGGGCAUUUAGGGACGUUUUUCCUUCAGGAUCCCGUGGAAAGGACGGAUUUGAUUCUUUUAUUUGGUUUUUUAAACCAUGUACACGCAAAACCUGCACUAAAUUAUAUGUUCUUGAAGUUGUUCCAAAAAUAAGUAAAAUGGAUGUAUGGCGACCGUCUGAUUAGUUAAAAAAGAACAAAAUAACCCUAUCAAGAGAAAACCAUGCAGCUUCAAUGUUAGCUGCUCCAACAAAGAAUCGUUUUGUCAUUCCGACUCCGGUUUACAUUUCAGAUGGAUUAACGUUAACGUUACUUUAGAUUUACAGUGAUCUGGACGGUUUUUAAGAGGCUUUCUUUCAUAAACGCAAGGCCGAUUUCUGUUGAUCGGGUCUUGUGAGCCAUCAUGGCCAAAGUGCAGGUGCUAAACGUGUCUGUUCUGGAUAACCCCAGUCCUUUUGGAAACCCGUUUCAAUUUGAAAUCACGUUUGAGUGUAUGGAGGACCUACCUGAAGAUCUGGAGUGGAAGAUCAUAUACGUGGGCUCUGCGGAGAGUGAGGAGUACGACCAGGUCCUGGACUCGGUUCUGGUCGGCCCAGUUCCUGCAGGCAGGCAUAUGUUUGUGUUUCAGGCGGACGCUCCAAACACAGGGCUGAUCCCUGAGAGCGAUGCGGUGGGCGUGACCGUCGUGCUGAUCACAUGCACCUAUCGCGGACAGGAAUUCAUUCGCAUCGGUUACUAUGUAAACAACGAGUACACAGACCCUGAGCUGCGGGAAAACCCACCGGUCAAACCCAACUACACACAGCUGCAAAGGAACAUCUUGGCGUCGAACCCUCGAGUGACCCGUUUCCACAUUAACUGGGAGGCUACUAUGGAAAAGAUGGAAGAUUCAGAGAAUGUAGACCCCGCCCCCAAUGCCAUGCUCCCGCCCACCUCCAUGCCUUGCAAAGCCCCGCCCCUUGGACUCAUUUCUGACAACUCUAUGGACUGCUUAUAGAGCUUGAACACAACAGCCACCUCAUACAUGAAGUAAUAAAUGUGUUAUUUUGGAUUUACA